AUGAUUUUGUCUUCCAGAAUGAUUGAAGAUUGUGGGAAAAGAGGAAAUACCAUGGCAGAAAGAAGGCAGCUGUUUGCAGAAAUGCGGGCUCAGGAUCUGGAUCGCAUUCGUUUGUCCACCUACAGAACAGCAUGCAAGCUUAGAUUUGUUCAGAAGAAAUGCAACUUGCACCUUGUGGACAUCUGGAAUGUGAUAGAAGCCUUGCGGGAAAACGCACUGAACAACCUGGAUCCCAACAUCGAACUGAAUGUGGCUCGCCUGGAGGCUGUGAUUUCAACUAUCUUCUACCAGCUCAACAAACGGAUGCCAACAACCCACCAGAUCAACGUGGAGCAAUCCAUCAGCUUACUGCUCAACUUCUUGCUAGCAGCCUUUGAUCCGGAAGGACAUGGUAAAAUUUCUGUUUUUGCUGUCAAAAUGGCCUUGGCAACUCUUUGUGGAGGAAAGAUCAUGGACAAAUUAAGAUAUAUUUUCUCAAUGAUUUCCGAUUCCAGUGGAGUGAUGGUUUAUGGCAGAUAUGACAUGUUUCUGCGGGAGGUUCUCAAGCUGCCCACGGCUGUCUUCGAAGGGCCUUCAUUUGGUUAUACUGAGCAGUCAGCAAAAUCCUGUUUCUCGCAGCAGAAGAAAGUCACAUUAAACACUUUCUUGGAUACUCUCAUGUCUGAUCCCCCACCACAGUGUCUAGUGUGGUUACCACUUCUGCAUCGACUGGCAAAUGUUGAAAAUGUCUUCCACCCCGUUGAGUGUUCCUACUGCCACAGCGAGAGCAUGAUGGGGUUUCGCUACCGCUGCCAGCAGUGUCACAAUUACCAGCUCUGUCAGGACUGCUUCUGGAGGGGCCAUGCCAGCGGUUCCCACAGCAACCAGCACCAAAUGAAAGAGUACACGUCAUGGAAAUCACCUGCUAAGAAGCUAACUAAUGCACUUAGCAAGUCUUUAAGCUGUGCUUCCAGCCGUGAACCUUUGCACCCAAUGUUCCCUGACCAGCCUGAAAAACCUCUAAACCUGGCUCAUAUUGUAGAUACUUGGCCCCCCCGACCAGUAACCAGCAUGAACGACACACUCUUCUCCCACUCUGUUCCCUCAGGAAGUCCUUUUGCAAACAGAAGAAGAAACACCCUACAGACUGUUAAGUUACUUGGGGGUAUACAUGCAGCCAGUCCUGUGGCUGAUGAGCAUUCUCUUAUAAAGCUGUAUGUAAAUCAGCUUCACAACAAUUCACGCUCUCCUUCCAAGAGUACUGAAGUAGAGCAGAGCAAACUGCUGGCUAGGGCUGCUCCAGCUUUUUUGAAAGGCAAAGGGUUACAGUACAGCCUCGAUGUUGCAGACAGGCUGGCCGAUGAACAUGUACUCAUCGGGUUGUAUGUCAACAUGCUGCAGAGCAACCCCGCACGCGUGCUCGACAGCGCAAGUCGCCUGGAUGAAGAACACAAGCUGAUCGCCAGGUAUGCAGCAAGGCUGGCAGCAGAAACUUCUUCAUCACAGCAGGGUCAGCAGAGAGGGGCAUCAGAUAUCUCCUUCACCAUUGAUGCAAACAAGCAACAAAGGCAGCUGAUUGCAGAGCUUGAAAAUAAAAACCGAGAAAUCCUACAGGAGAUCCAGAGGCUGCGACUUGAACAUGAGCAGGCGUCUCAGCCCACACCGGAGAAGGCACAACAAAAUCCCACUCUCCUUGCAGAGCUCCGGCUCCUGAGACAGCGGAAGGAUGAGCUGGAACAGAGGAUGUCUGCUCUCCAGGAAAGCCGGAGGGAGCUUAUGGUUCAGUUAGAAGGCCUCAUGAAACUGCUGAAGGAAGAAGAAUUGAAACAGACCCAAGGGGCAGGCUCCCCACGUUCCUCACCCAGUCACACUAUCAGUCGGCCGAUUCCAAUGCCCAUCAGGUCUGCCUCUGCCUGCUCCACCCCAACCCACGCACCUCAGGACUCUCUGACUGGGGUGGGAGGAGAUGUGCAGGAAGCCUUUGCACAAAGUGCAAGACGAAACUUAAGAAACGAUUUGCUGGUGGCAGCAGAUUCAAUCACCAACACGAUGUCGUCUUUGGUAAAAGAACUAAAUUCUGAAGUGGGCAGCGAGACAGAAAGCAAUGUGGAUUCUGAAUUUGGACGGACUCAUUUUGAUGACCUUGUGCCAUCCCCAACGUCUGAGAAGGCUUUCCUGGCGCAGAUCCAUGCGCGGAAGCCAGGGUACAUCCACAGCGCUGCUGCCACCGGCUCCAUCCGCAGUGACAUGGUUACAGAAGAUGGAGACCCCUAUGUCAGAGCAGAUGAUGAAAAUUAUGAGAAUGACUCUGUCCGCCAGCUGGAGAACGAACUGAAGAUGGAGGAGUACCUGAAGCAGAAGCUGCAGGAUGAGGCAUACCAGGUCAGUUUGCAAAGUUGAGUGCAAUAUCCUUCUCUCUCUCCUCUCAAGCAAGCUGCAGUCAGACAGACAACGAAAGCUAUGUAAGAACUGAUGAUGAGGAGAGCUGCUUUCGGACAGACGAUGAAGAAAACUCGGCUGCAAACUUCACAGAAGAGUGGAACCAAGAGGUGCAGCGUCUCUUGACAAAAAAAUCACAUAACUAAGUUCUGAGGACUGUAGCACAGUACUUUUGUUCUAAGAGUUGUAGUUUGUAGAUGUGUGUUUUUGACAACAAGACUUUUGUUUAAAGCUAACUUAUAUUAGCUACAUCUUCUGUAACAUGGCUCAUUACCGGUGAAGAAAACAGACUGAUGUACAUACUGCUGUUACAAAGGAUGGCGGUAUUAAUAACUCACAUAAACCCUUUGCACAUGAUAUUGAACCUGUUCAGUUUACAAUGACAAUACUGUUUAUAGAUAGAAAUUUGAUUUCUGAAUACUUUGAGAUUUUAGUAGAUUGGUUUACUAUACACUGUACAUUUUUUCCACAGAAGAAAUAAAAAGCUACAAUUAUGCAUUUAACACUGAAUGAUUAUACUCCUGAGUGUAUAUAUCUAGUAGCCCAAAAAGCAAAGUACCAGACUAUAUUUGCAAUUUGUUUGCAAGUCUUUAAAUUAAGACUUAUACAAAAUGUACUAAAAUAAUAAUAGUAAUAUAAUUAAUAAUAUUAAUAAAAAACCUCUCUAAUUUAGGGCUAAUGUGUAACUUAGGAAUGUUUCUUUCAAAAUAAUCUAACAAAUCAGCCAUAGAAGUUAGUGUAAAUAUUUUUUUUCCAAAUAGAUAUCAUAUACAAAAGGUGACAUUCAAAUGAUAUAGAAUCUAGUUUUUAAAUCAGCACAGAUCUUCUUAAAACUGUGAACUAUGUUUUGAAAUACUCGUUGCUAAAGCUGUUUAUAAACCACAGGUGCCAUAAGAUCCCUGAACUGACUGAUGUUACGUAUAAUCCUCCAUGGUAUUGUUUCAUUGAUGUUUUAGCUUUAGUAAGCAUGUGUUCAACAAACCGGCUCUUUCCAUCUCUCUGC